UCCCUCUCUCACUCUGUGAAUUGACUGAGGAGACGCAGCACUUCUUAAUUGGACUCCGCGAGUUUAAAUGGUCCACCAUCGGCGUCCCGUGGAUUUAUGUGAAGGAAUGCGAUCAUCAAAGAAGACUUAAGAACAGUCUUCCACAGGCGGUAGACAGUGACGCAACAGCCCAGCUAUGUUCAGAGCAGUGUUUGGAAACAAGAAGGAGGGAGGUGGAAAACGUGGAGAAAAGAAGAGCCAGAGGCAUCCAGGUGGUGAGGUGUACACUCACAGCACCUUGCAGAGAGGAGGCGGUGGACGUGCCAGACACUUCAAGGAACAUGACAGCAGCUACACUGAAAAACUCAGGAGACUGACCAAGGGCGUGUCCAUUUCUUUACCAUCCUCCCCUCUUCUCCCUCGCCAGGCCAACAUAGUUCCUUCUCAGUCGUGCAUCAAGUUUCCAGGACGGGUAAAGAAGCUGGAGUAUGUGGAUGGCUCUUCCAGUGCGAGAGAACCUCUUGUCUUUGCCUCGUGCCGUGGCAAGACAGACCACAGAGACCUCCACGUGGAGCCCCAGCUGGGCUCCUCCCUUUCAACCCAGGAACUGAUGACCAGACUAUGCUUCUUAUUGGGAGAAGCAACGCCUGGCACUGCUAGCUCUCCUAUGGAGGACCGGAGGGAAAAGAAGUGUGACACCUCUGCCCAGGGGGGGAGUCCUAGCUCCACUCUCACCUGCAGCACUGCCUCCCCCUGUUCAGAGAGCCCCUCUUCCACCCUGAGCACCAGUGCUGGAGGCCAGCCUUUGCCACAGCCUUUACCCUUACCCUCACCGCACUGCAGCUCCAGCACCAGCCCUAGUGGAACCCUCUCCUGUCCUGUACCCAGCCCUGCCCCUGGUCCUGCUCCUGGACCCAUCACCGGGAGCAGCCCUGGGCCUCCUUCUCAAAGCCCCACCUCCACCCUGGAGAGCAAGGACAGUGGAAUCAUAGCAACCAUCACAAGUUCCUCUGAGAAUGAGGAGCGCAGCGCCUCCAGUGAGGUUCUGACUAAGGAUGAAGGCUCGGGGGGCGGUGCUGCUGUAAUGGGCCAUGUAAGCGAGGACCGCCAUACUGGGCCAAGCAGGAACAAUCUGACUGCCCAACCAGAUGAGGCCUUACCUAGAACUGACAUCAUGGAGCCCAGGACUCCACCAGCACCGAAGAGACCCCUCCCACCGCACCACCUUCACAGCACUUCUUCACUUGUGAUGCCUCGUCCAAAUUCUGUGGCAGCAACCAGCUCUACUCGACUGGAGGAUUUGAGUUAUCUGGACAACCAAAGGGCUGCUGGACACAGGGGCUCCGUCCGCAAACACAACACAGCUGGACGCACAAAUGAUGACUCCAAAGGGAGAUUGGUGGCUUUCAGACAAGCUGACAUCAUGCUAAAACCGCUGCUGUUCGAAGUCCCCGGCAUCACUGCGGAAACACCCUUUGUCGGCCGGGAUUGGCUCUUUGCACGUCUGGAGGAGGUCCUGAGGAAAACGAGCAGCUGUGAGGGACGCGGUGCUGUCAUUGUGGGUAACGCAGGAUCCGGCAAGACCGCUAUCAUCUGGCGGCUGGUGACGCUCAGCUGUCAUGGCAUGCGCACACCACAGGGAGGUCCCAGCAUCCCUCACAGCCCCAGCUCCUCCCCUAAAUGUGGGGAUAGGCAGGGUAAAGCAGCCUCCAAACAGCCAGCCGACUCCCAGCCCAACCAGAGUGCUGCUGCAGGAACAAGCAAUAGUACAGCACAGAGGAAGGAGGCUGUCAGAUGCCUCGCUGCCAAGGUGGUAGCAUACCAUUUCUGUCAGGCCGACAACACCUACACCUGCCUUGUACCGGAAUUUGUGCACAGCGUUGCCGCCCUGCUGGCCAGAGCUCCACAACUCGGCCCGUACAGGGAGCUACUGGUACAAGAGCCUCAUCUACAAAACACACUCAGCCUGCGAUCCUGCGUUCAAGACCCCAUCGCUGCCUUCAGAAAGGGUGUCUUAGAGCCUAUAGCCAGCCUGCGCAAGGAGCGGAGACUACCUGAAGAAGACUACAUCAUUUUGGUUGACAGCCUUAAUGAGGCAGAAUUCCAUAAACCAGACUAUGGGGACACCAUUGCCACUUUCAUCACCAAGAUAAUCCCAAAAUUCCCACCUUGGCUUAAAUUGGUGGUCACAGUUAGGACAGGCCUGGUGGAAAUCACCACCCUCCUUCCCUUCUCUGGCAUCUCUCUGGACAUCCUGCCAGACAGCAGUGAUCUGGGAGCUGACCUGAGUGACUACAUCCAUCACCGGGUCAGCAGCAGCACUCAGGUCGCCACUAACGUCACCACACCGACGGGCUCUGCCCCUGAUCCAUUGCUUCUCAGCAAGUUCAGCAGCCACCUGUCAACACGGAGCCACGGCUCCAUCCUUUACCUUCAGCUGACCCUGGAUUUGUUCCACAAAGGUCACCUGGCUCUGAAAGGAGGAAACUACCUGGUGGUGCCUGUCUCCCUGUCAGAGGUGUACCUGCUGAUGUGCCGUGUGAGCUUUCCGGAUAAAGAGGUCUUUGAACGGAUACUUCCGGUGCUAAAUGUGGCGCUGGCGUCUCUGCACCCACUGACUGAUGAACAAAUGUUCAGGGCACUGAAUGCAGGCAGUGUGAGGGGGGAGCUGGAGUGGAAGGACUUCCAGCAGAGAUUAGACAGCCUGGCUGGAUUCAUGGUUAGACGCCGGGAUGGCACACGGAUGCUGUGUCAUCCCUCCUUCAGAGAGUGGCUGGUUUGGAGAGCAGAUGGAGAGAGCACAGACUUUCUCUGUGACCCGAGGAGUGGGCACGCUCUCCUGGCCUUCAUGUUCUCCAGACAGGAGGGCAAGCUGAACCGGCAGCAAACUAUGGAACUGGGACACCACAUCCUCAAGGCUCACAUAUUCAAGGGUCUGAGUAAGAAGACAGGUGUGUCCUCCAGCGUUCUUCAGGCCAUGUGGGUGAACUGCAGCACAGACAGUCUGUCCGCUGCGCUGGCUUCCCUGAGGAACCUAUAUACACCUAACAUCAAGGUAAGUCGUCUGUUGAUGCUAGGCGGCGCUAGUGUGACCUGGUGCACAGAGGUGAUAGGACAUGCCCCCAUCCUGGCAGUCCAUGCCCACCUGGGACAUGUGGAGAUGGUCGCUCUGCUGCUUGAAAUGUGGGCUCCUGUAGAUGGGACCACCGACAGCGGCAUGACGCCCCUCUGUCUGGCCGCCGCUGCAGGACAUGCCGACAUCGUCAGUCUGCUCUGCAAGAAAGGGGCCAAGGUGGGCCAUGCUGAUAAGAAUGGCCAGUGUGCGCUGGUCCAUGCCGGGCUGAAGGGCCAUGCAGAGAUCAUCAACAUCUUGCUGGGCCAGGACUGGGGAGCAGAGAUCCCCGCUGACCCACAGCAGCACCACAGCAAUGAGACUGUGACUGGGAAAACACAGGCAGCACAACAGACGGUUACAGCUGCAGCUAGUGUGGGACACUUACAGGUGGUGAAGAGCUUGCUGGACUUGAAAGAUGAACAGCUGGCAGUGCAGAUGGAUGGUCACGACUCUCUCUGGGGAGAAACGGUGCUGAGCGCGGCAGCAGGGAGAGGCAGGAUGGAGAUGUGUGUGUUCCUCCUGGAGAGGGGGGCAGGGCUGGAAUUACCAAACCGCAGAGGGAUGGUCCCGCUGCUUAGUGCCACCAAACACGGACACACACAGAUUGUAGAGUUGCUGCUGAAGCAAGGCGCAGACAUCAACGUCAGCGACAAGCAGGGUCGCACUGCACUGAUGCUGGCUGCGUCCGAGGGCCACACCAGUACUGUUGAACUCCUGCUGUCAAAGGGUGCCUCUCUGUCCUCUGCUGAUCAGGAGGGGCUGACUGCACUUAGCUGGGCCUGUCUGAAGGGCCAGAAAGGUGCAGUGCAGGUUCUUGUGGAGGCCAGCGCAGACCUGAACCACCCAGACAGACAGGGACGGACUCCUCUUGAUCUGGCUGCUCUUAACGGGGAUGCAGACACAGUACAUUGCCUGGUGGAACAUGGAGCGGUGCUGGAGAGAGCCGACAACAACAGUACCAGAAGUUCAGACCGGACGACAGGCUGCCAGAACCCGGCACUUGUGGCGUCGCUGCUGAAGAAAGGAUCCAAGACGGGCUACAGAACGGCUCAGCAUGAUCGAUCAGGUCAUGCUACAUGGGCUAUGGCUUCCUCCAAACCAGACAUUCUGCUCAUCCUGCUGCAGAAGCUGAUGGAGGAAGGGAACAUGCUUUACAAGAAGGGACGUAUGAAAGAGGCAGGCCAGCGUUACCAGUAUGCCCUGAGGAAGCUGCCUCGUGAGGGGCAAGGAGAGGAGCUGAAAGGGCUCAAAGACCUGCGGGUCUCCCUCUAUCUAAACCUUUCCCGCUGCCGCAGGAAAACCAAUGAUUUUGGCAUAGCUGAGGAGUUUGCAACAAAAGCCCUGGAACUCAAACCCAGGUCUUAUGAAGCGUAUUAUGCCAGAGCACGGGCCAAGAGGAGCAGCAGGCAGUUUGCUGCAGCGCUGGCAGACCUCCACGAAGCAGCACGACUCUCUCCGUCCAACAGGGAGAUACGGCGCCUGCUUGCACGGGUAGAGGAGGAAUGCAAACAUCACCAGAAGGCAUCAAGCAACAACUCAACACAGGGCUACAACAGGGACCCUCACGCCCACCACCACCACGGCACAGAGGAGGAGACAGACGUCUAUUCACAGGGAAGUCUGGAGAGGCAAAUCCCCACGGAGCAGACUGAUGCAGAGAAGGAGGAAGAGAAGGAGGAAGGUGAGGAGGUGAGCCUGCAAUGUGGGAAAAGCCCAGAAUUUUGGCCUCUGAAUCCGUACGCUCCAAACAGGACUCUCCCUGGAGGCGUGGCCUUUGGUUUACCAGAUCAGGCGCCAUGUUUCCCUCAAGAGGAGUAUGUACAGAACCAACUGUUUGUGGACAUGCCUGAGCCUGUUCCUGCUAUCAACAGGCAGACCCAAAGCCAAGGCAGCAGGACUCAUCACCACUGCCACUCCCUCCAGUCAGGGAACAGAGUCGGGGGCAGGCCUCUUUCUCUGUGCGGCCCUUCCAGUCCUCUGCCAGGCAGACACAUCUCCACCUCACUGAGGCCUGCACCGGUGCUGGGUAUUGACAUCGGCCCUGGAUCAGCCAACGAACACUCUGGACACAGCCCCACUGAGCUCUAUCACCCCAUGUCCCCCAACAGCUCCUCCCCACCGGGACCUCUUCAGAUGUACCAGCCCCGUUCCUCCAGCUUCUCCAGAGGAUCUGACAGACUCUCCACCCACUCUGUGGCUCUGGAUGGCCUGUCUCUUGCUCUGGGGUCUAGUAUGGAGGUUAGGAGGGAGAGUGGAGGAGGGGGCACAGCAGGCUCAAGGGGCUCUAGCUCCAGCCAAGCCUCCAGUGGGAAUCUGUCGGACGGUGGCAGGCAGCAGGUGCUGGAUGCCCCGUGCCCCAUCAAGAGCAGUGGUAGCUUCAAAACAAAACCUGAGCUAAAGCCCCGGCCCUUCAUGGGAGUAAUGGACAAAGCAGUGCGAGUCCAGGGCCAGCAGACCCCUGGCCUGGGCCGACAGGGGCAGGGAGGAGGAGGAGGAGGAGGAGGAGGAGGAGGAGGGGUGGAGAGUUUCAGUAUGUCAGUCAUGGAGUUCCAAGGGUUGAACAAUGAGUUCAAGCGUGCCUCCUUCCAGGAGCAGCUCUCUGUAAGUCAGGCCAACAGCCAGCAGCACUGCCGGGAGUUUGGAGAGCGGCUUCACCAGCGAGAGGCCAGAGGCACCACAUCCUCCCAGUUGCGCUUUCCUGACGGGAGGCACAGACAGGCGAGCCUAACGAGGGACAACCCAGCUCUGCAUAUGGCUCCCAUCAAGCCCAAACGUUCGUUUAUAGAGUCUAACGUCUGAAUAUAGUUUAUCAAAGCACAGAUACAGGCCGUUUUCAACAAACUCUGUCCCACAUAAGGUAGCAAGGGAGACUGGUUUGAGAACAGCUCCCUUCCCUGAGCCUGUUUUGUAGAGUUAUGCUGCUGCACUGCAUUUACAAUCUAGAACCAGUGUUCAACUCAGGCUACUACGCUUUUGCUUACAUGUCUACAGCUACACUAGUGUAUUCAAGAAAACCAGACAUACCUUAAGUAGGGAUUUAAAAAAAUUAGGUAGUAUAUUGUCUCAAGUUUUAAUUUAUUAUAUCAAACAUAGAAGUCAGAGAAAGCUUUGUGCACGAAUAUACGAAACCUCAUGCUGUUAGUUGCAGGAUAUGACCAUUUCUAUUGUCAAGUGUCUUUUAAAAAACAUUUAUAUUUGUACGGUGUACACUAUAUUUGCAGAUUAUAUAUUUCCCUGUAAGUGGUUAUCUGUCAGCAUUACAGGCUUCAAAAAAUACUUUCUGUACUUUAGAUUCUUUUUCUUGGUACAUUUGAUAAAAAAAGCACUGUAAAUGACAUUGUUGGAAACUUCUUGUCAUAAUCUAAUAUUGACUUGAUUGCUUAAAUAUUCACAGUAUAUGUUAUUUAUUUUUGCAUAGCAGAGGACAUAUUCAUAUGAAGUGUUUAUUGGGACAGAGAGAGAGAGCAUUUACACAGUCAAGGAUAAAAAAACUUAAGAGACUUCUUACACUGCUGUAUGUCCAUAGUUGUCAUAUAUCCUUUUGAGUCAUACUAUGGAUUACAGAAUGUUACCACAUUAUUAUUGUGGUAUAAUAAAACAUGAAUGGAAGAAUACA